AUGCUCAAAACCAAAUUCAAGAAAAGGGAAGAAAACAGAGAGAGAAGAAUCAAAGGCAAUGAUGGUUAUUCUCCUUAUGCGGAUCUAACGCUAUCGCCACAAAAACUACUCUCAUCGGUCAUCUAUAACUCUUUUUGUGUUGCUAUCUCUGUAUGUUGCCCAGAUACCGUUUUAUCGAUAUUCAAGCACCAAGUCCUAACUCACAGACAGUCGACGACACCUCCGACAAAUCCGCUCCGCGAACCGAUGCCGACAACCACUCAUCCCAACAGCACCGCAGCCACCGCCUCCAUCUCCGGAAUCGCAACUGCCUCCGUCAUCGGAUCCAUAGUCAUCGCCAUCACGGUUCGUGUGUCACCACCGUUGCGAUUUUCGCCCACCACCACGCCAUUUCGCCGUCUCUCCUCCUCCGACCCACCGUCGUCGCCGUCAACGACCGUCCCUCUUCGACUUCUCUCCUCCGACGCACACCGCUGCCGCGACGCCGUCUCCCUCCUACGCCCACCGCUGCCGCGACGCCGUCUCCCUCCUACGCCCACCGUCGUCGCCGUCAACGACCGUCCCACUUCGUCGUCUCUCCUCCGACGCCCACCGUCAACGGCUCACCUUCACAACUCUUCGCUCGCCGUUUCAACUCGCAACUUGCAAUCUCGGAAUCUUCGUGAAGUAGCGCAGCCGCGGACACACCAAGACGCCUGGAAAGAGUUUCUCAAGAUUCGAGAUACCCCUGAAUUUAAGGAAAAAAGUCAGAAGGGUAAGGACAAUGUGGCCAAAAAUGUAUACCCACACGUAUUGUCUCGUGGAGGGUAUCGCUUACUUGAGGAGAAAAUUAUGAAAGAAAAGUCAUCAUCGAGAGAUAAUUCCACAUUAGAUGAUAAUGAUAGUCCAUCUCCACCAUCACGCCAUGAGUUAUGGAAGAGAGCACGGCAAAAGAAAGGAGGAGAAUACACAUCAAAAUCUACACAAGAGGUUGCUGAAAAAAUUGAUUCUCUUGUUAAAGAAGCUGAAAAAGGUGCAAUUGUUCCAGAUGGACGUAACGAUAUCUUAUCAUUAGCCAUUGGAACAUCUGAGCAUGGAGGUCAUUGGCUUGACGUGUCUAUUCUUCAAAUUUGGUGCACGUAUAUUCAUCGUGUUUGUCUUGAGAAUUCCAUUUCAGAAUUAUAUGGAUUUAUGGACCCUGCUAGGUGUAUUUAUAAUGAUAAUGUAGCGAAAUCUCAAGAUGUUAAAAAUUACGUGCUAGAAAAGUUACGUGAUGAAAACAGAGCGUGCCACUUACUACCAUUAAUUCAUGGGAGACAUUGGCAAUUAAUAGUCAUGUGUCCAAGAGACAAUUUAGUUGUCGUAUUUUGUUCACUUCAUCGGGAAAUUGACCAGAACACGAAGAAAAUUAUUACAAAUUCUUUUGGGAUUCAUCAAAUGGCAAAUAGAAAUAGAAAAAAGGCUACAUGGCUUCAUCCCAAUACAAGGCAACAACAUAACUCUAAUGAUUGUGAAUACUAUGUGAUGAAAAAUAUGUUGGAUAUUGUCUCUGCUAAUAUAACCGAGAAUUGGAUGCAGGUAUUUGAUGACCCAACAGAAUUAACACCAGAUGAUUUGUAUGAUUUGCGACUUCGUUGGGCAAAAUGUUUCUUUGACUUACAUGGAACUUAA